CGUCACUUCACUCCAUCUUUCGUCCUCGCCCCCCUCGGUGUCGCCCCUUCACCUUCCCCGCACCACCAUCACCCCUCAGUGCGCCCCAGGAAUGGCCUCCGACGGCAAGAAGCCCCAUGAGGAGGAGAUCGCCUACCUCAAGAACCUCGUAUCCCAGCUCAAUACAAAGAUUGAGACUCUUGAGACCAAGGCCAAGGUUGCUGCUAGUCAUGUUGCGGAGAGCGCGAAAGCCGCUGUUGCGAGUGCUACGUCCGCCUUGACUCCCGCACAGCAGCUCAGGAUGAUCUUGGUUGGUCCUCCUGGUGCUGGCAAGGGUACCCAGGCCCCGCAAAUCCGCGACAAGUGGUGUAUCUGCCAUCUCGCUACGGGAGACAUGCUUCGGGAUCAAGUCUCCAAGCAAACCCCACUUGGCCAGGAGGCAAAGAAGAUCAUGGACGCUGGCGGGCUCGUCUCAGACAAGAUCAUGGUGAGGAUGAUCAAGGACCAGUUGGAGACGAACAAGGAAUGUAAGAACGGAUUCAUACUCGAUGGGUUCCCUCGCACAGUCCCGCAAGCAGAGAAGCUCGACCAAAUGCUCGCUGACAGGAAAGAGAAGCUGGAUCAUGUUGUUGAGCUCAAGAUUGACGAUUCGCUCCUCAUCUCCCGCAUCACCGGUCGUCUGAUCCACAUGGCUUCUGGCCGUACGUACCACAGGGAAUUCAAUCCGCCCAAAAAGCCUAUGACAGAUGACGUUACUGGCGAGCCUUUGACCCAGCGCUCCGACGACAACGUCGAAACUCUGCGCAAGCGACUGGUGUCGUACCACAAUAGCACGGGUCCCGUAUUAGAAUACUACAAGAAGCAAGGCAUCUGGCAACAGGUGGACGCUGCACAGUCACCCAAGGUCGUUUGGGAGAGUUUGCAGAAGAUACUGCUGGCUAAGAAAUGAGCACUGCAAGGUGCAGAUCCUGUACACGCAGUAGUAUUUCAAAAGAACGGACUGUUCCUCC